AUAUAAGGUAUAAUACACAAUACACAAGACGGAAGUCCAACAAAGCAAACAAAAAAGAAGCUGCAAUCAGUUCAUGCGGCUACGUCAGUGGGAAAACAGUUCCAGCUCCUGGAAUGCAGUGAUACAAAAACAAACCAAAAAUAUAGACGCUUCCUCAAAGCUCAUGAUAGCCGCCUCCCCAGGGAUUCAGGGGUUAAUGUUAGAAAUAGAAGAAUAAGAGUAGACCGAUUUGCCGUUUUGAUGAAUUGGCCGGACCGUUCCGAUCAUUAUGUCAGCGACUAAUUCACACCAGAUCCUGGAGAAGAGCGAACCCGUGAGAGGUGUAAAACAUGUGAAGCCUCCGAUAAGACCCAAACCGGUGCUGCCUCCACGACCCAAGGACAUUUCUGCUCUUGGCACCGAAAAUAAAAGCCCCCUGCCAUCACCAACAUGUGGCCCCUGCUCUCCAACGUUAGAUAUACCCUCCGCCCUCAAAAUCAGCCAACUGACCGGACCGCAGCCCUACGGGACCCGGCGGACAUCUCUGAAGAGAUGGUCCUCCUCUGUAGGAGAAGAAGUGAGUCAGGAGAUUAACGCAUUGUCACCAGUGGAAAAUAGGAGUAUAGAUGUGCCGGCCAAGAUUACAGCCCAACCGCUAUCUGCCCCCGCCAAACCUCCGCCCCCCGCGCCGGCCUGGAGAGGAAAAAGUCCUUUCAUGUUAACAACUCGAGGAUGGGGAGAGCAAAGGUUCAACCAACUGCGGGAUCUCAAUGAGAGUGAGUCUACAUCCCAGAAGGCCAUCUCCAGCUCCAGCUCCAUCUCCAGCUCUGGCUCCAGCUCCAUCUCUGACUCCAUUGUACCGAGUAAAGAUACAGCAGCACAAAUACAAGGAACCACUACACAUGAUGAAGAUUCCAGAAAUCCCAGUAGAUCUGCUCCAGAAGAGGAAUCCGCAAUUCAUGUCCGAGACUCUAUAGCAAGUUAUGAAAAGUUGUCUCCAAGAUCGUCUGAAGAUGGAAAGAUGGUUUCUCCAGGAUUUGGUUCCUCUCCCAGAUCAGCGGAGAUCAAAGACCACGAGAGAAAACCGGCAGCUGUGAUACAACCAUAUCCUCAUGAGAAAAGCAGCAAACAGACCGACCAUGAGGAAGAGGAACAUAAGGGAGAUGACCAUAAGGGAGAUGACCAUAAGGGAGAUGACCAUGGGGAAGCUCACAUGGUGCCGCCAUCCAUUGGGUAUAAACCUGAUAAGAAAGCUCCAAGUGUUCCCGUAAGAAAAUCCUCACAUGGGCCAAAGAGUCAGACUGAGGAAGAAAACAUAAAUAACACAAGAGUUUAUAGUAACCAGAUCCCUGAGGUCGGGCCGGGGCUGGGACACCUCUCAUUCUCCAAUGAGGUCAUCGUAGACAAGGGAGGCCCAGAGAACAGGGGCAAGAAUCACCACCAAGAUGAUGUUACACCCAAAGAGUACAUACAACUGCCCCACUCAGCGUAUGAGCCACCACAACACCAUGACAAGACCCAGGACCAACAUGUGACAUCCAAACCUUUACCCCCAAAACCCAAAGAACGAAAAAAGCCAUCGGUGCAAUUCAUGGUGCCCAAUGAAGAUCAAGAGGAGGGACAACGAUCAAUGGACUGGACCGUCCAAGAGACCAAAGAACAUGGACAGAAGGAGGAUGUGAGAAGAUGGAACACAGAGGACAUUGUGCAGGUAGGAGGUCACAUGUUUACCAGUUGGUCACACUAUUGGCUGCCAUUGGGGGAAAUAUAGGAUCUGAGGAAACAUGAAGCCGGAGACAUUCAGAGGUCACUGGGGCCCCAUAGACUUCUGGGGGCUUCAUGUUAUAUUCCGGCUUACAGCACCAACAGAGAG